AUGUUUCGAACGCGCCCGCUCGGGCAACAACCCAACAUAUCGCACACUAGCGCGCCGUUUGCGUCCUCAGACGCCGUCGAGCUCGCCGAGAAGACGUCCGAAGAGGCAUUCACGCCGAACAGGGGAACCAAAUCGUCUUUUUCGUGCGAUCCCUUCUCACCGGCGACGCCGCGCUCGGACGACGCGAACUCACUGUCAUCCUACGCGUACGUGUUGGAAAAACGCGUGAAUGAGCUCGAAGAGACGGAGGAGCGCUCGGCGAGCGCGCGAGCGAGGCUCGAGGACGAGGUCGCCGAGCUCAGAGCUGAGCUAGCGACGCCGAGCGACGCGCGUCGGGUGCUGGGAGACAUAACGAACGGCGCUCGAGCGACGUCGAAGACGGGAUUGAAAAUAAAAUCGAGCGCGUUGAAGGCGGCCCGAGGCGCGAGUGCAGUCGAGGGCGCGCUCAAGGCUGAGCUGAAGACGACGACGGAGCGCGCGGAGAAGGCAGAGCGGGAAGCUAAGGACGCUUUAGAGGAUAACGAGUGGCUGCAGUCGGCGCUUCGAACGAAGUGCGCAGAGAUCGCAAAUUUGGCAAUCGCUAAGGCGGCGACCGAGAGACGGGCGAGCGGGUCGGAGGAAGCGUUGUCGACGUCAGAGUCGCGUCUGCGAGCUGCUUUGGACGAGCUCGAUGCGGCAAAAGCGGAGUCGAAAUCGGAGCGCAAGAGGUUCAAGCAGAUGCGCGAGAAGUAUAAAUCGUUGAAGAAGGAGCGCGCAGAGCUCAGUAGGUUGCUUGAAUCGUUGCCCGUUGUCGAAUCAAUGCCUGCGCCGCGCUCGAGGGCCCGCGCGGCGUUGAAAUUUGUCAUGGUCGCGAUGGAGCACGGAAGCCCCAUCGCCGCGGCGUGCGUCGCCCUCUUCCAUUUUCUCACCUUUCUUUACAGUCUGCGCGGUCGAUUCAUCGCGCGCUUUGACGUCACCUCCGGCUUUGACGUCGCCUCCAGCUUUGAUGGCUCCGGCUUUGACGUCUCCGGCUUCGGCGUCCCGCUCAGCCGCUUACCGCGCGUGAGCGCUCUUUCCCUCGUCCGUGACACCCCAUUUAUUUUCACCGCGUAA